AUGGCCAGAAAAAUCGAAUGGAGUCAAGUUGGUGUUUCCUCAGGACCUACUUUUCUUUCACCGGGUUUGAUCGCUGGUAAGGACAGCGAGCUGUUGUUCACUUCAGGCUGUGUUGGUAACGAUGCUUCCGGCCAAUACCCAGAGGACGUUGAAAGUCAGACCAGAAACGCCUUGGAAAACUUAAAGCGUGUUUUGGCUGCGGGCUCGACCGAUCUGGACCAUGUGUUGAAGGUUCUUUUGUUUGUCUCCGACGGUGCCCACGCUGCUGCGGUCAACAAGGUGUACCGGGAUUACUUUCCCGGCUGCCCAGCUCGUAGCUGUGUUGUUGUGAGCUUUCCUGACUCCAGACUCAAGGUCGAGCUGGAAUGUGUUGCUGAAGUUCCAGGGAAAUAA